CCAUUUGGGCUCAAGCUUUUGAUGCUCGAGGCUCAGGCGCGUGCGCGUGCUCUGACAUAUCCGAAUGCCGCAUCGCCCCGGCCCCCGGCCUCUCCGCCGCCGCUGGGCCCAGUGGCUCGGGCCGUGGCGCCCGGCGAGUCGCCCCGCGGGGGAACAGCGUGCCGGGCGCCGCGCCCGCGGCGAUGUGGCGCGCGGGGCCCGCGGGCGCGCCGUGCCCGUGCCUCCCCCGGUGGCGGUGCGGCCAGGGCGCCCGCGACGAGGGCGCAUCGUGGGCGAGGGAGAGGACCAUGUCCUCGGUCCUGUCCUUCCACACUUCGCCGAUGCUCGUGGACGCUGUCCUCGAUGGACGGCCCGAGCGCCGGAGCGCUGCUGGAGCCGACGCCGGAGCAGGCGGAGCGCUGCCGCCAGCUGCGGGAGCAGGCCGAGGGCGCGUGUGGGGCGAUCCCCGGCGGCGCCCGCUGGUGCGAGGAGGCCGAGCUCCUGCGGUACGUGUGCGCCAGGCCGACGCUCGAACAGUCGCUCGCCCUCUUUCGCGAGGCGAUGGGCUGGAGGCGCGAGCACGUGCGCGAGUGGGCGGACGGCACGGUGCGGGACGGCUCCUACGGCAGCGAGUACGCCUCGGCGAUCACAAGAGGUCGAGGGAUGCCCCCGUGGUGCUCCUUUCUGCUGGAACGGAUGCCCAUACAGGUGUACAGGGGGGACCAAUAUGGCUUGCCGAUUCUGUACUUCGCGUUGGGUCGUGCUGAUUUCGAGGGGAUGAAGAGGGAGGUGGGCAUCGAUCGGCUGAGGCAGUACGUGGUGUACUGCAAUGACUAUUGA